AAAAUCAAUUUGACGUCUGCUUAACCUCGUUCAAAAGUGGCCAUCAUCAUCAAAAAAAUGGCAUUAAAUUUAACAUUAAAGGUACAUCCCGUGGUUUUAUUCCAAAUUGUGGAUGCGUAUGAGCGCCGUAACGCGGAUUCGCAUCGCGUAAUUGGCACAUUGCUCGGCAGCGUGGAGAGAGGAGUUGUCGAGGCGACAAAUUGUUUUUGUGUGCCGCACAAGGAGCACGCUGACCAAGUCGAGGCAGAACUUAGUUACGCUUCGGACCUGUACGAGCUGAAUCGGCGCGUCAAUGCGAACGAAAAUAUCGUCGGAUGGUGGGCCACAGGCAACGAAGUCACCAAUCACUCAUCCGUCAUUCACGAAUACUAUGCUCGCGAAUGCGAAAAUCCGAUUCAUUUGACGCUCGACACUUCGCUGCAAGGCAGUCGAAUGGGCUUGAAGGCGUACAUUUGUGUCCCGUUGGGCGUUCCCGAGGGCAAGCAAGGCUGCAUGUUCACGCCAAUUAAUGUCGAAGUGACGUGCUACGAUCCCGAAGUCGUUGGUCUCAAUUUGGCGCAAAAAACGAUCGGCUUGAACAAAACCGCAAGUCUCAAGCGACAAGUGCACCCGAUGCAGGAUCUUGUACAAGUUAGCGAGGCAUCCACGAAACUCUUGACGUUGCUUGACCAAAUUUUGGUGUAUGUCGAAGAUGUUCUCGCGGGCAAACAACAACCCGAUAACGCCGUGGGACGAUCCAUUUUGGACCUCGUGUAUUCCGUGCCGAACAUGACGACCGAACAAUUCGCCCAAAUGUUCAACUCGAAUGUCAAGGAUCUCCUCAUGGUCGUCACGUUAUCGCAACUCAUCAAGACGCAACUUCAGCUGAACGAGAAACUGACCAUGUUGAGUGGAAAUUGAGCGACGGGGUGAUUAAUUGUGUAACAUUUGAUAAUAAAAAAUUAAAAAAUAAAAAGUAUUUCAAAAUGAAA